GAAUCACUUUUGUCGCCAAGCGCUUGUGUGCCAUCGGCCUCCCAAUGGGACGCUAGCUGGGCAGUCCGAGCCGCGGAGACAGCGGCGCCGAGCCGCGGAGAUGGGAGCAGAUGUCAUGGAAGGCCAGCGCUCCGGGCGUGGAGGUCCCAUGCGAGAGCAAUCUGGCGGCGAUGGCGAAGCUGCGAGGGGCCUCCGCGGAGGAAGCGGCCAGGCUGUUGCAAGCCAUGGCCCGGGUGGAGGCGCAAGUGGACCAUUUCCACUGCGGGCUGAUCAUCGGCAAGGGCUCCUGGCAGCUGGCCCUUCGGGUGCUGAAGAUGAUGCGCGGUAUGUCUGUCCGCGCGGCGGCGUCAACCUUCAACGCGGCUAUGACCGCCUGCGAGAAGCAGAGCCUCUGGCAGCGGGGGUCGUGGUUGCUGCUUCUGGCGCGGCAGCGGGCUGUGGCGCCAGACACGGUGAGCUACAACAUCCGGCUGCGCCGAUCGUGGCCCGGCUGCCUCGCAUCCUUGUCCGAGAUGCGGCAGCUGCUUCUCCAGCCGGAUGAGUUUACCUCGUCUUCCCUGCUGGCGGCUCACAAGGCAGACACGAGCUGGAGACGCGCUGCAAGCCUCCUUAGCCUCAUGACCCAGUUCCAGGUGCGGGUCACGGGCCCGGUGCAGAGCGCCGGCCUCCGCGCCGCCGGCGCCUGGCGCCGCGCCGCCGCGGCGGGCCGCUUCCGCGGCUGUCAUUGGCGCCGC